ACCUUGCACAAUAUUGAUUUACUGGUAUCAUCCUGUUCAUUUGUUUCACUGCAUAUCUCUGCAGUAUCCUCUGUAUCAUCCGGUGGAUGAAACGUCGGUCUGACCAUUCUAGCAUCUUAUAUGUAGCUUACAAGUUUCAUUGGCUGCGAUAUCAGCCAUGCAUCUGUGGAAUAGUUCGAGCUUGAUAAUGUCAGUAGAUUUACCUGAAGCUAAAGCUGAUACUUUACAAGAAGUUUUUUCAGAAAAAUUUCAAUAUAUCAAUUUGGAUCAUUAUAAUAUUUAUCAUUUUGAAGAGAUUUUGAUUGAUGGUCGACGAUAUCAGUUUAGAUUAUCUUCUAAAGGUGAUCUAAUGACAGUAGUAACACAUAUAGCUGGGAGAGCAAUUCUCUUAGUAUCUGUAUGGACAAAUAUGGAUUAUGAAAAACGUCUUGGUGAAAUUCAUCAAUAUAUUUUAGAAAUGGAGCGUACAGGAUCUAUUCCUAUCGAUUUUCGAGGUAUGCUUGGUCGAGGGAAUGAACAAAUGGUAUCAUAAUUCUUUUCAUCUCAUCUGUCCAAAAUAACGAGUAUAUCCAGGGUAUAUGUUCACAUUUUGCACUUCUCUCUACACUUUUAUAUGUAUAUGGUAUGUAUGUAGGUAUCAUUUUGUAUAUUUCUUUGUUUAAACAGUGCAAAACUAAAGUAGAAAGCUAAUUUUUUAUUUAUUUUAUUUCAAUGAUUCAAUGGUAACAAUAUAUA